AAGAAAAAAAUAAUAACAAUCAACAUGUGUUUUACUAAACAUUUAAGAAUUUUAUAAACCCUUUUUAAAGAACGAAAAUCUAAAUUUGAGAACCAAAAAAAUUGGCUUAAAUAUUGAAUAAUAAAAAAAACAACAACAAAUACAUACACAACUGAAAAGUAAAAGUGAAAGUGUUAAAGAAAAAGUGGCGACAGCAACAGCAAGAAAUACCAGAAUAUUUAUUGCUUUUUUGAACUUAAUUGGGAUUACUACUCAAACUACUGCAACUACAACAACAAAAAGGAUUAUUAUUGCAACAACAGCAACUAUUUGUGGAUUAUUUCAUUUUUCACUCUUUCACACACAUAAACUCUUUUUUUCCUUUAAUUUUGUUUUGUAUUUAUUUCUUUAUCAUACCCUGAUAAAACUUCCUUUUUCUCCCUAAGAAAAAGAAGUUUUAAACAUAAAAAAAUUAUCAAAAUUUUGCCCCUAAUAAUGGAUACUAAAUUUUUACCAUCCACGAUGGAUUUGGCAUCAGCCACUGACAUCAUGGCACCGGGAGGUGUUAAUGCCAAUUGUCAGUAUUCAACCAGAUAUUGCUGGGAAGCUGAAAAAGUCAAAUGUUUGAUCAGAUUACGUGCUGAACUAUCGCCACUAUUUACAGGCAAAAGAAAUGCCUCCAAAUAUGCCUGGGCCGUCGUUGAACGUGAGUUAAAUGUUCCAUUGCCUUUGUCGAAAAUAAUCAAAAAAUGGAACAAUCUAUUGCAGGAAUACAAGGCCAUCAAAAUGUCCGAAGAACCCAAACGCCGUGAAUGGCCUUUUUUCACUUUGAUGGAUGUGUAUUUCAGUGAUCAGGUCAAUGAUCCUUCUUUGCGUUUAUUCUCUUCCACCAAAACCCUUACAGAGUCCAUAGAUGAUAGUGUCUUUGAAGAUGAUCCCAUAAUUGCUUCAGCUAUUGCGGCUGCUACUUCGGGAGCUUUAAUGAAUAUCGACGAAUUGGUGAAACGUCAAAAGGAGCGUGCUGCCACCGAAAAGAAAUUCGCCAUUUGCGAUUAUAAAUAUGACAUGAAACCCAUGUUGGCCAAUAAUAAAUUCAACAACAAUGAAGCCAUCAAAUUGUCCAAGAGUGUGGAUGAUUUGAGCAUCCAACAGUAUAAGAUUAAGGAUGAACUCUUGAGACAGCAAGAACAACAGGAAAAUAUGGCUAAAUUGAAACAACAGGCUCGCCAACAUCAUCAACAGCAACAACAAGCUGUAGCGGCCGCAGCAGCUGUAGCAGCUGCCCAACAACAGCAACAACAACGUUUUCUUCAACAGCAACAACAAGCCGUGCAACAACAACAGCAGCAACAACAGCAACAUCAUGCUCAUUUGGUACCACAUGCAGCAGCUACACCAACACCGCCGCCGCCUACAAGUUUACAUGCUGCUCUGCAACAGCAACAACAAAUACUUCAUCAUCAUCAACAACAGCAGCAACAGCAACAACGUCAACAACAACAGCAGCAGCAAUUGCAACAAGAGCAAGAACGUCGUCGUGAAUUACAGCUGUUGCAUUCACCCCACAUUACACCACAAACCUCACCCUCAGCUAUCCAACAACAGCAGCAACAGCAACUACAUCAUCCUCAACAAUCACCACCCACUCCCACACCAACACCCACAACCACUGCUCAACAGAUACAUUUACAAACGGCUCAACAUCAAGCAGCCCAGCAACAAUUACAACAGCAACAACAGAAGCACUCACAACAACCCUUUACCGAUCCCAAUACCAUCGAUCAGUACCUGUUGUCCUGGAACAAUUUCCAUGGUAAUAUGUGUCGUGGCUUCCAUACUCUUCAGAAAGACGAGAAAAUGGUGGAUGUAACCAUAGCUGCUGGGGGUAAAAUUUUCAAGGCCCAUAAAUUGGUUUUAUCCGUUUGCAGUCCUUAUUUCCAACAGAUCUUUUUGGAGAAUCCCUCUAGCCACCCGAUUUUGUUAAUGGCCGAUGUUGAGGCCAGUCAUAUGGCCGGUUUAUUGGAUUUUAUGUACAGUGGUCAGGUUAAUGUUAAAUAUGAAGAUUUACCAGUUUUCCUUAAAGUGGCUGAGGCCAUGAAAAUCAAGGGUCUACACACAGAGAAAAACAUGGACGACGAAAACAAGGAUAGCAGCUCUUCUCCCGAUAACGAAUCCACCGAAUGUCACUUUGAACGCGGAACCCACAGUGUCAACAUUACCGGACAAGGCUACGAUCCCCGAAAAUCUCUACACGACGCACACACCAUGAACGGCGGUGCUGCGGCUCAUAAGAAUGGCAGCGGCCCCAGCAGCACAACACCAUUACCGGUGCAGACUUUCACCUCAUUCCGUGAUCACAUCAAAUCGAAGGCAACUUUAGCCGAAACUUUUAUGAAAAAUCUCAGUCGUAAUAACAAUAAUUGCAGUACCAAGAACUAUAAUCACUUACCGAACAGCAAUAGUAUAGGAGAGGUCCUCAGUAAGGAAGGUUAUAAUCUAUUACACGCCAACAGCAAGAAACUAAUGGAUACGGCACGUAAACAGCAUAAAUAUUUGGCUAAACGAAAGAUACUAAUGCACUACAAUGAGGAAAUGAAUGAGAAACGUCGCAAGGAAUUGGAACACUUUAGAAUGGAACAUGAUGCUAACAAUAAUAAGGAAAUGAAUAAACCAGAAACAGUGCCACAACCACAGCCGCAGCCACAACUACAACCACAACAUAAUAAUUUCAAAAUACGUUUAAUGGAAAAUCAUCUAAAGGCCAAUCAAGAACAGCAGCUGCUACAACAACAACAGCAGCAACUACAACAGCAACAACAACAGCAACUACAACAGCAACAACAACAGCUACAACAACAGCAACAACUACAGCAACAACAACAGCAACAAACUAGCAAGAAAAAUCAUGCAGAUCCAGUAGUAGAGGAGCAAGCUUUAAAUUUAGUGCAAAAUAAUUCUCAUGAUUAUCAAAAGAGCGAAACAGACUUGAUACGAGAACCCAGUGAUGUUUUGCAAAUUGUUGAAAAUGAACCCUUAACCGAUACCGAACAGACUUCUGAAUCAGAUGGAGCUAGCAUUAAUAAUGGUUCUCAACUUAGAGAUGAGGAUGAUAUUAAUAACAAUAAUCUGUGCAAAAAAGAAGCCAUUGAAAUUGAUGACAACAAUAAUACAAAUAUGAAAAAUUUGGCCCUAAUUAAUGCUAUUAACCAGAAGCAUGAAUAUCAGAUACACAAUGCCCCAACAGCAACAACAACAACACCGGCAACAGCAACUGUUACAGCAGUGCAUGAGGAAACGGAACAAACACAAACUAUGGAACACAGUGAUCAAGAAACGUUACAUCAGCAACAGCUCCACCAACACCAUCAACAACUACAUCAUCAUCAUGCUGAGAGUGAAGAUGACAAUAACAACAACAACAAUAAUAAUAAUGACAGCAAUAACAAUAAUCAUUUACAAUUGGAUUUGAGUACGGUUAAGAGCAUAGCCACCGCUGAAAUCUUGUGUGGACUUAAGAGUAAAGUUUUCAAAAUGGAACAAUUAGACGCGGCAGCUGAGGCUCAGUGUCGCAAUUUAAAUGAGAUCAAACAGGCAGAAUGAUAUUAAACUUAAGCUGUGUCUGAGAGAAGAAGUAAAAUUAAGGUAUUUCAGCAAAAAAAAUUAACAACAACAAGAAAAGAAGACAAAACGUUAAUUUGUUUAUUUUGUGCAUUUGUUUUUUCUUUAUUAUUAUUUUAAAUAAUAGUUAUUUAUUUUUAUCUAUAAAUAAUAAAAAAACACCCCUAGUUUUAACUUCAACAAUUAAUUAAGUGGAAAUUCUGACAAAAACAAAAAAUACUUAAGAAAAAAAAAUGAUCUUUAAAAGAAACAAAAAAACAAAACCCUCGUAAUUAAGCCAACAACAACAACAAAAAUAUGAAAUAAAUAAUUUAAAACAAUAAAAAUUCCAUUAAAAAUUCAAAUCAUAUGCUGCAUCAUCAACUUGCCAGCUCACAACAAACAAA